AUGGCCAUCGACCCGGCCAGGCAUAGCAUGAUGCUAAACAAGUACCAAAUCGCCUCCCUCGUUUCGUUCGUCUGCGUAGUGAUCCCGCUGUCCCUUAUCGCAUACGGGCUCAAGUUCGUAGUCAACAAGUCAGAGCUGUUUAUUCUGGCGACAGUCAUGGGCAGCGCUUUCGCCGUGCUCUCUGCCGUUUCGCUCUACUACUACUGCAGCGGCCUGGGUUACGCGGCGCCCGCGGAUUACACCGUGCACUAUGGUAGCGUGGAGUUGUCCGUCGCUUCCGCUUGGGACGAAAUGUGCUGCAAGCUGGACGACAUUAAGGAGGGCAUGCUGCUCGCGUGCUCAUCGGGUUCAUUGAUGAGGCAGAUUUUCUUCGUGUCGAUGGAGACUGCUUUCGAGCACUCUUUAAUAUGCUUCUGUGUCCCGCUAACCGCUCUCGACCGAACCUUGUUCCCCGAUCGUGGCAUCUUGCAUGCCGCCAUCAUAUGCUCGCUGUUGGUAUCGGCCGGGAAGUUCGGCGGUUCGGUCUACGGCCUGUACGCGGCUAUGUGUCCGCCAAGAAAUUCGCGAGACGUGGUGCCCAUUAGGAUGACCAAGGUCUACAGUUGCCUGUCUCUGGUGGCGCUUUCCAUCUGCAGCUACGCGAACGAUGGCGAUCCUUACAGCACCAUGGUGCAAAUGAUGGUCGUGGGGGCCCUGAUUUUCACGUUUUUCGCCUUCUCGGCGUACCCGAAAGCCGUCGUCUCUUCAAUAAUGAACGUGGCGAUACUAAGCCACCCGCUAUCGUACAAGAUUUUCGACUUCGUCAACACGUUCGCAGUGAUCUGCGACAUCGUCUUGACCAUAGCCCUAACGGUGUUCAUGAACAAGGCAGUCGGCACCGUUGGCAUAAACGGCACCGUCGUUUCAGUCACGGUGUUCUACAUAUUUCACACGCUGUACCAUGUGCUUAUAGGUAUACGGCUAAGCGACGUAAGCCCCGAGUCAAGGAUGCACUCGCCUCACGUGCCUUAUGGGCCCCCCUUGGGCAGGCUCUAA